AUGACAGCGGAGGAGUCGCGCCGCGUUCCUAGCAGACUGUCGUCGGCCUUAGCGUCCAACGUCAACCUUUGCAGCGUGAUUAUCAAAGGACUGCAGCUCGGCAACGAGGACCUGGAUGCGCUGGCAGACGCCGCCCGCACGAGCAGGCGCCUCACCGAGUUUCGGUACGUGUCGCGGUCUCUCACCGCCUCGGACGGCACCAUCGGAGGAAGCCUCGACGUAGAGGAGCCCCCGUUUAGGCUGGACAGCCAUGCUUCAGCUGCACUGGUGGAAAUACAGAACUCGACUCGCCGCAACGCCAGCCGUGUGUCGGCAGCUGCCCGUUUUGUGUUGGGCGAGCGAGACACCGGAGAGGCUGCUCUGGGCAUCGAGCAUUUCUACGACCACCCCCACCUGCUGGAGCUGGUGAGGGACGGCGCUCUUGUGGACACCGACGAAGCCAAAGCGAUGAUUUGGAACGCACGCAAGAAGCUGCAAAAGUACAGUCUGGACAAGUUCAUGAGAUAUGCCGGCGUCGUGUUCCAGUCGGUAGAGUGCCAUCCGCAGCAUGACGGCAGGCCGCAGCUCUCUGACAUCGGCGAGGACUGCUGGUCGUUGAUCUGCAGCUACUUGAGUCUCGCGGACAUUGCAGAGACUGCAGGAACCCCGGAGUUGACAUGACCCUCCCAGCCAAUGAAAACGAAGACAACGGAACCUGAGGACAAGUCGAUGGCGACGUACCUACCUAGUCACUAGUCUGUCAUAUGCUGGCUCAUGCUCUUACUGGAGAACCGGAGUGGAACUUUGAACCUUUGACAGGAAUCUUUACGAGAAACGUUCUUUUUUUUCACCAACUCUGUUUUCUUAUCUUUACCAGGACCCUACUCUUAGAUAUGUAAAAAAAAAACUUGCCCCUCUCGACAUGAACCACUGUGUACAAAACCAUAGUAACUUGCUGCAGUAAUCAUCGUACCCGUUUUUCCAACAUGGCGAAGCUCCAAAGUUUUGGUAUUUGCAUAUCUUGUG